ACAGAAUCUGCUGGAAAUGAGCUGAUAGAAAGCGGGUUAUGACCUAUUCUGUCUCUUUGUUGUUUUUGUUCUGUUAUUUGCUCAAUGUGGAUACUGUGGCACAAUCCGAGUAUCAUGACAUGCAGAAGCGAUCCAUGUUAGACGAUGAUCCCUGCCUUGAUGCUCACCAAAUUGAAAACCUCGAUUCUGUAGAGCUUCUUCCUCGUUACGCACAUUUGAAGCGACCCUGGUUGCGAGCGGAUGUCACACCAAAGAUCUUCACUAGCGAUGGACUGCGUUAUCAAUGGAUGUGGGCAAAAAGCUUAGUAGUCCGAGGCCUCAGCAACGAUACCACGGUAGACGAUAUUCUGAGGUUUCUGGAUGGCCAAAACUGCUCAUUCUUGGCGAUCGGCGAUGCGGUAUGGCAAACUGUACACCGGAUUCACCCUGUACGAUUCGAGGGUGAAAUCAGUUGUCCUAUGAAAGAGUUGUACACAAUCUGCUUAGCCAAAUAUGGCAAUACCGCAUGCAGUCUCUUCCCUUUGGAAGGACCAUCUCCAUACAAACUGGAAAUCGGUGACGCUAGAGCAGAUCGGUCUUUGGAUGAGCUAAAAGCACAACCACUGGUACUGUAUGAAUGGGGUUCAACACUUGGUUUACCCGCGCAACGAUGGGGAUACACUGUUACUACGAUGGCUAUAUAUGACAAUAACGCUGGACAAGUGUACCUAAUAGACAUGACGGGAAAAGGCUACAUGGACACUUGCGGCAAACGGAUAUCAGCUGCUGUCGACAACUCUCAAUGGAAAGCUUGGGCUGACGGAGACAUAUCGAAGGUUUAUCGAUUCUACCUCUUGAGAACUCAGGGGUUUGGUGUAUCCAACCAUGAUCUGCAAAAUUUUAUAAACAAAAUGAUUCAAAGCGAGUCUAACAAAAAGGUUGCACAAACGUUCUACUGCGAAUCAAUUUUGGGUGGGAUUGUUUCAUGGGCUGGGGACGGUCUGACAACUACUUGCCAUGUUAUGUAUCCCGACAAUACGGACAGGCGCAGGAUAGUCAGCGCAAGAGAUCUGCUAAGCUCUGAAAUGGGGGCUCACUGGAUUGUUAAUACCGCCCCAGCGAUUGACGAAAUGGAAGCGGUCUACCUUACUGAGCGACAGUUCGUUGAUGUAAGAGAUCGUCUAAAGGGACGAAUCACUGGAGAUCCUGUUUUUGGUGCUUCUGACCCUCUUCGACUAGGAAUCCCUACCGUAAAUGACAUAGCGGAAGUCCAACGAAGGCCGCUUUUGAAAUUAGAAACUACGAGCGACGUUUCAUCGGCCUCUGACGAAGUCUUAGAUGUCGAAUCCAGUGAAGAAGCCGAAAACACUUCGGCCGAAACAACUCCUAUGAGUGAGGAAACAACCACCAGCGAGGAGGCUCACAUACCGAAGCGAGACACAGGCAUGAUUCGCAGUGUCGAACCGCAGACGAAUUCGUCCGCAUCCACUACUGAACCUUCAUUUAUUCUGACUGAUGACGGGAUUAGCUCAGAGGAAUUCGAGGAUGACGCGCUCAAAGCAGAUCCUUCAUCCCAACAAUCCUUGAGCUUAGAUUACUUAACAACAUCUCUCUAUAUGGCAUUCGUAGUGUUUGUGAUCAUUACGGAUGUUUAAAUCAACGCAGUUCGUUUUGUAAAUACUUGGCUAUCAUAAAGUAGGAGUCACGCCAUUUGAACGAUUUACGCAUAAUUUGUCUGAUGAUUACAUUCCCCACUAAUCAAUCACGAGACAGUUUUUAGGAGAAUGAGAUUCAAUUUAUUGUGCCGACAGCUUUUUGCUUUUUAUCGAUUAUAAUUGUACUCCUUUUUCGUGAUGUACUAUAAAUUAUACAGGUCUUGAUAAAUGUGUAUAUUAAGUACUGAUAUUAGGUCGUUUCAAAAGUAAUUUCG